AUGGGCUCCUUGGUGAAGGCAUUUGAGCCGAGGCUGCAGUGCCCAGCGUCACAUGAAGGGAGGAAGUGCGACAGGAGACAGCGGCGCCCUUCGAAGAAUCAGCAGGAAAGCUUCAAGAGGCUGCGGCAGCUGAGUCCAGCCGCCCGACGCACCAUGCUGAACCAAUUGACUGAAGGGCAGCGACUGGCGCUGGAGCGCUGGAUGCUUCGCCAAGCACAACUUCGAUGCAAGGAUGUGAAGCAGCGAAAAGCCCGACGCUCUCCUUGCGGGGUGAAAAUGCCCAAGAGCCGAGGCGGUGGCAAAGAUAGGCCUGGUUUUGGCAUACACAGGCAAUGCAGAGCCGGGAGGGUAGUGUACAGAGCUGGAGUGAAUCUGGGGCCAUUUCGUUUGCAUACUGCAUACGAUGCCGAUAUCAACAAGGCAAAGAGCAGUCUGGAGGCCUUGUUUUGCAUUCAGCAGAUUGUGCGACGACACUUGGCACGACCAGAGUCGCUUGACCCAGAAGGACCUGGCAAAGAGCUGGAGGUGGCCUUUCGGUCAGCUCUUGAGCAGCAUGGCGGUGAUCGGUUACGCUUCAGCGUGCAGAUCCCUGCCAAACGGUGGGUGGGAAGGGCUUUGGCCACGCCCAGCUUUGCCACUUCUGGCAACGGUUUGGAGAACGGGCUGAGCGCCUGGCGCCGCUUGACGGUGGCCCGGAAUGUAGUUCGCCGCCAGGCGAAUCGCCACACAAUCCUCCAGGAUGAUCGCCAUGAAAUCGAGGCAGCGUGGCAGCAACUCCGCUCAGCAUACUUCGAGAUUUGCGUUGCAGCGGGUCAGCGUCCCGACUUAGUGUCGGCAAAAUUGAUGCGAUGGGAGGGCAUUCGCAGCUAUGAGCAUCGCUUCCAGGAGAGGCGUCAACAGGUACACGUGAAGGCAGGACUUCACGAUGGUCGAGUGACUCGUGAUGCACUCGAGUCCGCGGGAUGGCGGACCCGGCCAGUCCCAUCAAAACGCGACAUCCUUGUCCGUCCCAGUGUUGUCUUACGGCCUUGGGACUGGCACUUCAAAGGGUGUGGGCUCAAAGGCACCUGA